AUGGCAGUUUUGGCUAUAAUGACAAGAAAGAGAUUGUUGGGCCCGCACAACGAGCAAACAGUUGAUAGUUAUCAAAUUGCAGGGCUAGCAUAUCAUCUUGGCGGGAGAUGGAAGGAUGCGGAAAAUUUGCAACUAGGAGUGAUGCAGACCUGUAAGCAGGUUUUCGGGCCAGAGCAUCCCUCCACUCUAUCCAGCAUUGCCAACCUAGCGUUGACCUACCGGAGCCGGGGACGAUGGAAAGAGGCUGAAACGCUCGAGGUUCAGGUAAUGGAGACCCGCAAGCGGUUACUAGGGCCAGAGCAUCCAGACACUCUGAUCAGCAUAGGCAACUUAGCAGAGACCUACUGCAAUCAGGGACGAUGGAAGGAGGCUGAAGAGCUCCAGGUGCAGGUGAUGGACACCCACAAGCAGAUGCUGGGUCCAGAGCAUCCCGACACUCUGAUCAGCAUUGCCAACCUAGCGUCGACCUACUGGAACCAGGGACGAUGGAAGGAGGCUGAAGAGCUCCAGGUACAGGUGAUGGAGACCAGCAAGCAGUUGCUGGGGCCAGAGCAUCCCAACACUCUAACCAGCAUUGCGAGCUUAGCAGCGACCUACUGGAACCAGGGACGAUGGAAGGAGGCUGAAGAGCUCCAGGUACAGGUGAUAGAGACCAGCAAGCAGGUGCUAGGGCCAGAGCAUCCAGGCACUCUGAUCAGCAUAGGCAACUUAGCAGAGACCUACUGGAAUCAGGGACGAUGGAGGGAGGCUGAAGAGCUCCAGGUGCAGGUGAUGGAGACCAGGAAGCUGGUGCUUGGGCCAGAGCAUCCCUCCACUCUGAUCAGCAUGGGCAACCUAGUGUCGACCUACUGGACCCAGGGAAGAUCGAAGGAGGCUAAAGAUCUCAAUAUGCAGGUGAUAGAGACCAGCAAGCAGUUGCUAGGGCUAGAGCAUCCCUUAACUCUGAUCAGCAUUGCCAACCUAGCGUUGACCUACUGGAACCAGGGACAAUGGAAGGAAGCUGAAGAACUCCAGGUGCAGGUGAUGGAGACCAGGAAGCUGGUGCUUGGGCCAGAGCAUCCAGACACUCUGAUCAGCAUAGGCAACUUAGCAGAGACCUACUGUAAACAGGGACGAUGGAGGGAGGCUAAAGAGCUCCAGGUACAGGUGAUGGAGACCAGCAAGCAGUUGCUGGGGCCGAAGCAUCCCGACACUCUAACCAGCAUUGCGAGCCUAGCAUCGAACUAUAGGAACCAGGGACGAUGGAAGGAGGCUGAAGAGCUCAAUGUGCAGGUGAUGGAGACCAGGACGCUAGUGCUUGGGCGAAAGCAUCCAGACACUCUGGCCAGCAUGGCCGAUCUAGCAGUUACCUACGGGAACCAGAGACGAUGGAAGGAGGCUGAAGAGCUCCAGGUGCAGGUAAUGGAGACCAGCAAGCAGUUGCUUGGGCCAAAGCAUCCAGAUACUCUGACCAGCAUGGCCAAUCUAGCAGAGACCUACUGUAAUCAGAGACGAUGGAAGGAGGCUGAAGGGCUCGAGGUGCAGGUGAUGGAGACCAGGAAGCUGGUGCUUGGGCCAAAGCAUCCAGACACUCUGAACAGCAUGAACAACCUUGCUUAUACCUUAAGAUCCUUAGGUCAAUUGGCAGCUGCUUUGCAACUGAUGACAGAAUGCGCCCGACUCUGCGGCCGAAUAUUAGGCCCUGACCACCCGGAGACUGUGUCCUCAACUUUUGCUCUCAAUGACUGGCAUGGCACUGCCGGACAUCGUAUGCGAGCAAUCUUUUCCCGCUUGCUGUUCCGUAAAAAGUGA